CGGAAUAGAUUUUGUUUUGUGUGAACAAACAAGCAAAGAUAUUAAAAUAGAAUUGUCCGCUGAACUAAAAAAAUUUUAUCUUGAAUAUUAUGGAAAAAUUGAUGAACUUGAACCUCUGUUAAAAGCAUCUGUAAAUGUUGAUCUAAUACAAAAAUAUGUUGAUCUAUGUAUUGUUAAUUCCGUGACUGCUCAAAAAGAUGCUGUUUUUAGUGUUGAACGUACCAAAUUCCUUGAUAAGCAAAUGCGUUAUGCAACAAUUCCAUAUAGUGAAAUAUUUACAAAAGAAAAAUCUGUAAUGUUAUUAUCUGGAAUAGCUGGUAUUGGAAAAACAUGGUUGCUUAGAAAAUGUUUGCUUGAUUGGUCAAAUGGUUUAAUUUGGAAAAAUGUUGAACUUGUUUUUUAUUUGGAAUGCAGGAGGCUUAAUCAAUAUUCAAAUAUUUCCAAUAUAAAUGAAUUACUAAAUGUUUUCUACAAAGAUAUUACAAAUGACUUUAAAAUUAGUAAUUACACUGCACUGUUUAUAGUUGAUGGAUUAGAUGAGUUUAAAUAUUUCAAUGAGUUAUUAAAUCCAAGUUUGACUUGUAAAUAUCCGAUUGUUAAUACUUUAGCAGAAAUUCAAAAUUACAAACACAUAAUUGCUGGUAGAGUUUAUGCAACUGAUCAGUACCAAAGUGUAUCUGCAGAACAAAGCAAUAAGUUAACUAUUCAAAUAAUGGGAUUUAAUGAAAAUGGAAUAAAUAAUUAUAUAGAAAGUCAUGUUGUGGAAGAAAAAAAAGAAGUUGUAAAAACAACUUUGACGGAAUCUCCCAUUGCUAAAGCCAUGGCAUCUGUUCCAUUUUAUUUAUCUUCAAUGUGUAAAAUAAUUAGUGAUGUAGAAAUAAUAAAUAAAAAUUCCUUCUUAACAAUGACAGAUUUGUAUGCAAAUGUUUUUUUAUACUUUAUGCGCAAACACAUCAUCAAAAACAAUAAAUUGGUAUAUAAGAUAAUGGAAGACAAUACCAAUAAAAAAUAUAUUUUAAAUAUUUGUAAAAUUGCAUAUAAUUUGUUUCUUGAAAAUAAGAUAAUUUUUUCCAAAGAAGAAUUUCAAGAUUUUCUUAGUGAUCUUGAUAAAAAAGAAGGUGAUUUUUUUGGAUUUAUAGAAAGGAUUGAAACAGAUUUGGGUUACUACUAUCAGUUUGCACAUUUGACAAUAAUGGAGUUUUGUGCAUCUGUAUAUGCAUAUAAUUGUUUAAAUAGUGAUGAGAUUAUGGCCAGUAAAAAACUGAAGAGUUGUUUAUCAAUGAUUUGUGGGUUGGCCAAUAAAAACCAAAACAGUUUUAUAAAGUUUCUUGUUAACCUGAAUCCUUCGAAAAAAUCUAAUGAAGAACCAUCACUUUUGUGUUCAAUUUUAGAUCGUCUAGGUAAAAGUAACGUCUAUGAAUAUUACCAUUUUUUAAUUAUUGAAUGUUUUUAUGAAAGUCAAUCAUCAUUUACUGAUGAAAUAAAAUCAGUUGUUGAUAAACAAAUAUUCAUUAUUUCGAUUAACGAUGGAAAAACUUCUUACUUUACUUCUUGCGAAAAUUAUUUCAUAAGUCAUUUCGUAAAAUCUGGAAGAAAGUUAGAACAGUUAAAUGUUAAUAAAAAUAUUUUAAGUGAUGAAGAAAAAAAACUUUUAAUACAAUGUUCAACUAAUGUUCGCAAAGUCAUCUUUUAUCGUCCAAUUAAUUUCGAAGGGUGGAAACCGAAAUAUAAGAUUGAAGAGUUGAAGAUAUCGAUCUCAUAUUAUUUAAUAACAAAAAAAAAUUUUCAAGAAAACAUUCUUCCGUGGAUUAAUCUUUGUGAAGAAUUAGUUCUUGAACUUCACGACAACAUUGAUUUUAUUAAAGAAAUUUAUGAAUGGAUUUGUUGUUCGAACAUCAAGAAGUUUGAGAUCAGGUACCGUGGAAAAUAUUUUUGUAACCUCGAUAAAUUAAAAAGUUUUACAACACAAAAUAAUGUUUAAUACUUUAAAUAUAUUAAAUAAAAACAAUAAUUU